ACAUGUCCGUUAGUGGCGUUACAGUGAAGUUAAAAGUGAAGUUUAAAAUUCAGGUGACAAACAUGAAGCUUCUUCCUCUCGUGUGUCUCUGUCUGAUGGCUCGGUCUGAAACAAUGUUUGCUGAUGAACAAGCAGGUGCAGCUCCAAAGCCAUAUGUGAUCACGCUCCGUCAAACGAAGGACUGGGCCCUGCUGCAGUGUGAAGUUCGAGGUGCUUUUCCAAAACCUACAGUAGAGUGGCAGGACAGUGCUGGAAACAAAUUUCCUGGUGAGGAGCCACAGGUCUCAGAAAGAGGAGGCAGCUUCUACAUCACCCUCCAAACUACUGUGAUGAAGACCGACCGCUAUCGCUGUGUAGCCACACAGGAGGAGAUCAAACAUCAGAUUUAUGCCGAGACUCACGUAUAUAUCCAUGAGUCCUCCACUGGAUGGAUAGUUGCUGUUGUAGUUCUUGCUGUUGUUCUUCUUCUUCUAGCUGUAUUUCUAUCGUGGUAUCGUAAGAGGUCCUACACUGAGUCCCCCACUGGACUGGAUGUUGCUGUUGACCUUGUUGUUCUUGCUGUUGGCGUUCUAGCUCUUCUUCUAUUAUGGGGUUAUCAGAGAGGGUCCUACACUGAGUCCCCCACUGGACUGGAUGUUGCUGUUGACCUUGUUGUUCUUGCUGUUGGCGUUCUAGCUCUUCUUCUAUUAUGGGGUUAUCAGAGAGGGUCCUACACUGAGUCCCCCACUGGACUGGAUGUUGCUGUUGACCUUGUUGUUCUUGCUGUUGGCGUUCUAGCUCUUCUUCUAUUAUGGGGUUAUCAGAGAGAGUUCCCCCAAGAGUAUUCCACUGAAUGGGUUGUUGCUGUUCUCUGCACUGUUUUGGUUGGUGUUCUAGCUGUAUCUUUAGUCCGGAAAUGGGCACUACACUAUCUGAGAGGACCAAGGUUCAUCAGCGUGGAAGAAGACUGUGACGCUACUUUUUGCUGUUCCUUCAGCCCCAUGAAGAACAUUGAGAAUGAUUCUCAAUGGCACACUUUCACAGAAGUGGAUGAAAGAUGAUCAGGACAUAUUCAUGUAUGAUAACGGCAAUGUUUCAGUUCAAGAUUAGUUAAAAGGUCGCGUCUCACAUUUUCCAAAUAAACUGAAGUCCAGCAACGCCUCCAUCAAGAUCAAAAAAAUGACAGUGUCUGACCGUGAAGUCUACACCUGUGAAUUUCCAAAUCUUCAGCCAAGACAAAAAGCCUGCAUCAGUAUUAAGGCCCCUUCAGUGUAUUAUCAAGACCUGCUUCUACAAGGACUCAAAAUCUAAAAAAGUCAAUAAGGUCCGAGCUUAUCGAUACCAGUAGCAUACUUGUGGAUCCCAUAAUUGAACGUUAUGUCUAGUAGGCAUUUGUAUUGAAACAGAUUUAAUCUCAGUUCCGAUUAUAAAAACAAAUUAAGAUAAAAUGAUUAUUGUGCCGCAUGCCAUUUCACUAUAACACAAAUUUUGUAUUUUAGGUUAUUAUAAAUCCAGCGCACACUUUCCUUUACAGCUGCGGCCGCCGCCGUUGCCAACAGCCUGAAACUCCCUCCCAGCCAGGCUGAUGACGGGUCAUAACUGCUAAAACUUUGUCACCAUUAUUAGCUUUAGCCUACAGCAUUUUACACUACAGAUAUAAGACUAGCGGAAUUUUCCAUAUUAAAUAUUAUUUAUACUUGUGCUAAACCAGGUGUGUUCAGUGUUGUGUUACCUCUUCCAUGUUUGUAAAAUGUCCACUGCUUCUUCUAACAUAAUACCUGAUUUAUACUUUUCUUAUUUACUGGUCGUUGAAGUCGCUGCAUCUCCUGACAGAACACCGCGGUUGAAUUUCAGCGUUAUGUUAAGUAACAGGUAAUCAAGUAUUCUACAGAUUAUAUCUUGUAUUUUAGCUUGAAAUAUUCCCAUUCUUUGGACACUUUGUCUUUUUCUCUGGCCUGUCUCUUCUUCGUCCUUCUCUAUUCUCUCUCUCUCUUCCUCCAUUUUGCAAUCCACACCAUCAAAAUGCAUCACCUUCACUUUUCCACAGCUUAAGUGCGUUCUGCAACAGUAAUAAUCGUCUGUGUAGAUGCUUUUGAAAGUUAAUGUUGGAUUACUAUUUCUUAUUUGUGGGAGUUUGGGGUAAUGCACAAUCAUUUAAAAAUAAUGAAGCAUUAAAUUUUAAAUGUUUUAUAAAUGCA